AUGUCAGAAGACCUUGCAAAGCAGUUAGCUAGCUACAAAGCUCAGCUUCAGCAAGUUGAGGCUGCCUUAUCUGGGAAUGCAGACAAUGAAGAUUUGCUAAAACUGAAGAAAGACUUACAGGAAGUCAUAGAAUUAACCAAAGAUCUCCUUUCAACACAACCUUCGGAAACUCUAGCAAGUUCUGAUAGUUCUGCUUCUGCUCUGCCCAGUCACUCCUGGAAGGUUGGGGAUAGGUGUAUGGCGAUAUGGAGUGAGGAUGGACAGUGUUAUGAAGCUGAGAUUGAAGAAAUAGAUGAGGAGAAUGGAACAGCGGCAGUCACGUUUGCUGGAUAUGGCAAUGCUGAAGUUACACCUCUGUUCAACCUCAAGCCUGUGGAAGAGGGAAGAAAAGCAAAAGAGGACAGUGGCAAUAAACCCAUGUCCAAAAAAGAGAUGAUAGCCCAGCAACGAGAGUAUAAAAAGAAGAAAGCUUUGAAGAAAGCUCAGAGAAUUAAAGAACUUGAACAGGAACGAGAGGACCAGAAAGUCAAGUGGCAACAGUUUAACAACAGAGCCUAUUCUAAAAACAAAAAAGGCCAGGUAAAGAGGAGUAUUUUUGCUUCCCCUGAGAGUGUAACUGGCAAAGUUGGAGUUGGAACAUGCGGAAUUGCAGACAAACCUAUGACACAGUAUCAAGAUACCUCUAAAUACAAUGUCAGGCAUUUGAUGCCGCAGUAACAGGGGAAAAAGGUGGAACUUCAUCUCUGCAGGGCUUUACACUUAUCUUUUUAUCAUUAUAUUUUUCUAAAAGUAAAUUAUUUGUUGGCACAUAGCGAGUAGUCCAUUUUGUCACCAUCACUCUGGCUUCAGCUGAUAUGAGCCUUAAAUCUCCAGCUCUUGAUUUGACACACCUCCCCUCCCCCCAAUUGUUAAACUUUUUGUAGUUGCAUUAAAUAUGUUCUGCAGGUAAAUGCUUUCAUGAACUGCUGUUACCUGUUGCUCUGAAA